UGGAAGGUUCGUCCACUAUUUGUUGUUGUUGUGUUUGUUUGUGUCAGCAAAAUCGGGAAUGGAAAGCGAAAACAUUCCCACAACAUCCGAGGCCUAACCAUAGACGGCUGUGCUUGUUGGUGUGCUGUUUGCUUUAACUUUCAUCUGCUCCCGGGACAGCGUCUACUUUUCAAUCUUUUCCAUCCAGGUCUGGCAAUGUGACGCGGUAAAGCGGACGAUCGACACGUAACGAACCAUAUUAGAACGCGAGAAAGCUGUGGCAAGCGAAAGGGGGCUAAAUUCUUCAUAAAACAAGCAGAGUGUGAUUAAUUCCCUCUCAAUUAACAUCAACUAGCAGAUUAAAGCUUUAUAAAGCACCAAAAAAGUCAAGAAGAGCGUGUGAAAAAAACACAAUCUAGCAACCUUGGUGACUGAUUGGUAAACAAAUCGUAUCCUUCGCGUAUUCUGUGUUCGAGAGUUGAUUCGUCCGAUAGUUUAUCCUUGCAUUCGGUGAAAAUGGAAAACAUUCUUGAGCCCAGCAGUUCCGAUGAUAACAUGGCUCCGGACAACAAGAAGGACAUUCAGUCGCUGCUUUCCUCGGAGGACGACUUCUUCGAACCAACGACAACGGCUUCACGGUCCGACCGCCGGGAUUCUUCGGGUAACGAGGACAAACCAGAUUGCACGCUAAAAACGGACUUUGAGGACAUCAUCCUGCCGGAAAUGGGACACGAUAGCAGCCUCAUGUUGAAGGAGCAGAAAGAUCGUGAACGAGAAAAGCGGAAGGAGAGCAAAAGCAAACGGGAACUCGAGGAGGAAGAGCGCGAAAAGAUGCAGGUGCUUGUAUCCAAUUUCACCGAGGAGCAGCUUGAUCGGUACGAAAUGUAUCGCCGUGCGGCAUUCCCGAAGGCAGCCGUUAAGCGGCUUAUGCAAACGAUAACGGGUUGUUCCGUGUCGCAGAACGUUGUGAUCGCAAUGUCCGGCAUAGCGAAGGUGUUCGUCGGAGAGGUCGUAGAAGAAGCGCUCGAUGUGAUGGAAACUGGCGGCGAGAGCGGAGCCAUUCAACCGAAGUAUCUACGUGAAGCCGUCCGUCGGCUGCGCAACAAAGGCCAAAUACCGAGCGGCCGGGGGCAUCGUCAAUUUUUUAAGCUUAACUGAAACACUUUCAAUAACUAAAAUAAACAUUAGCCGGUAAUUUUUAUAAA